UUGAUGUUGCCAGACAUGAUUGUUGAGGUUUAAGCUUGAGGUGUGUUACUUGUUAUUGAUGAAAACAGAAUGCUGAAAAACUUUCCAACUAUGACGAUUUCUAUAAUUGUUGACUAUAAACAGCAUAAGACGGCUCAGCGUGACGGUUUUGCUUGUGCUUGUGCUGUUGAGGGCGGCGGUGAGCUGCGGAGCGGCUGGAGGGUUGGUGGCGAAACGAAGCGGAUGACGGAUCGAGCGGUGUAAUAAGAUAACUUGUAUCGCACAGUAGCCUGGAUCAGGAUACCGUUGAAGCGUACGGAGAUCAACUGCGGAUUUGUACGAG